AGUCUUCAUUGACAUCCACUCGCGAACGGUUCAAAAAAACGUUAGCGCGCGCAAAGCUCACUUCAGCAUACAAGCGAAGGUGAAUUAACAGCGUGUUUGCAGUUCUUCCUCCACCUCUACCAGCAGCACCCACCGAAAGUCCGAAAGCAAAAUGAGCUGCGGAAUCUCCAUGGUUAAAUACAUUCUAUUUAUAUUCAAUUUGCUCUGUUCGAUAUGCGGUAUAUUGCUGAUCGUCUUUGGAGCUCUGCUAUUCAGCAACAUCCACAAUAUCGAUGACUUUGCGGAGGCCCUGCGCACCCAGCAGGUGCCCAUAACCAUGAUUGUCCUGGGCACUAUCAUUCUACUCAUCUCCUGGUUCGGUUGCUGUGGCGCCAUCCGCGAGUCCUACUGCAUGUCUAUGACGUACUCGAUCCUGCUGUUUGUUUUGAUGAUUGGUCAGCUGGCCCUGGUCAUCUACAUGUGGGUGCAGAAGGACAAGUACUUGCAGAUCAUGGGCGAUGUGGUGGAGAAGGCCUGGGAUCGCCGCACUCGGCGUGCCGACUACAUGGAUGCCAUACAGAUCAGCAUGGAGUGCUGUGGACGCAGUGGCUAUGUCGACUACUCCUUCCAGGGCUACUUCCCGCCCUCCUGCUGCAAGGACACCAACAACUGCCGCACAGAAACCGUCUACAGGCGCGGCUGCAAGGCUGCCUUCGUUGAGUUCUGGGACAGGAAUAGCGACAUCAUCAAGUAUUCCGGCCUUGUGAUUGCGGGCAUUGAGUUUGUUGGCUUUGUAUUUGCCUGUUGCCUGGCGAACAGCAUUCGGAACUAUCGACGUCGCGCAGACUACUAAUUCUGGAAUGCGAAGGUCUUUCUAAUUUUAAUUGAAACCGAAAGUACGAAUUAUGUUGCCCAAUUUUACGAAUACUUCACCUGAUACAGAUGGCCAUUGAAAUUUAUAUAAUCUCAAGUUAUACACAGCGAAUCCCUGGACAAAUUCGAGAUGAUCCCAUUUAUAAGAUCGUUAGUUGAGAGUUUUAUUAAUUGUGCUAAUAUUUUUUACUGUACAAAAUAAUUUAUACACCAAGAGAUUGCAAUAAACGAAGCAAUUUAUUAAACAUA